AUAUUUGGUUUGACAUCUUCAAAUUCACGCUCAUUGGUGAUCCCUUUGCAUUUAACUAAUGAUUGUUAAUGGAUCUUUCAUUUCAACAUUUAAUGGAUAAUCAAAAUAUACUGAAUACUGAAUCAACCAUGACAAACAAGUUAAAUAUCUCACAUAUGUCAUCACUUCCAUCAAUACCUGAAGUAUCAUCACCACCAUCGUCGGGGAAACGUCGCUCUAUAUUGUAUGCUAUUUCUAGAUUGAAACAAAUGAAAAUGGCUCGACAAGAAAUGCAUCUUGAAUCCAAUGUUUCUUCUGAUAAUAUUGAUAUUACACCUCCCUUAGCAAAUACACAAUCAGGUAACACCAGUGAUAACAAUACAGUAGAAUUGGAUCACACUAACAAUUCAACUCAAUUAAUAACAGUCAUUAAUAAUGACUUAUCAAAACAAUCAAUUCAUAUUGAUUUCAAUUCUGAUAUUUGUUCUUAUACUUCUUUAUCAUCACAAUUACAACACUUAUCAUCACAAUCAAAUCCUUUACAAUCAUAUAAUUCAUUAUCUGAUGAUAAUACUACUAAUAUUACUGAUAGUAGUACUAUUCAUCGGAUAAUGUCACCAAAAGAAUCUUCUUCACUUUUAAAUAUUACGUCAUCUACUACUACUACUACUACUACUAAUAAUAAUAAUAAUAAUAAUAAUAAUAUAAUACAUCAUGACGGUAAUAUUGAUUCUAUUCGAGUUCGGAAUAAUUCAUCAAAAAUAUUUACACAAUGUCUAUCAGAUAGUGAAUCUGAUGAAUAUAUAGACUUAGAUACUGUUGAUGAUAUAACAUGGUCUACAAAGGAUAAUAAUAAAAAUAAGAAUAAUAAUAUAAAGAAUAAGAAAAAGAAGAAGGAAUCAAUAAUUAUGAAUGAUCAUCCUUCUGAAUUAACAAUAAUAAUAAAUAAUAAUAAUAAUCCUACCAUAAAACACAUCCCUCAAUUAUCGAAUAAUGAAAGUAUACGGAAUGAUUAUAUACAAUUAAAUGAAUCUAUCUCUUCGCAUGAAACUAGUCCAUUACAUAACAAUAUCAAUAAUAAUAAUAAUAAUAAUAAUAAUAAUAGUAGAAUUAUGGAAUCAGAUGAUUAUUGUUGGAUAUGUCAUAAACCGGGUGAAGUUGUUAUAUGUAGUUAUUGUCCAAGAGUGUUUCAUGCAACUUGUUUAUGUGCAACAGAUUUUCCAGAUGUAUGGCUUUGUCCUGAAUGUCAAGAUGUUAUGUUAGCUGAAUGUUCAUUGUAUCAAUUAGAAUCAUGGUGUAAUAUUACCGAAGAUCAAUUAAAACGAAUGUUAUUCUUUCUUUUGGAUCGAUUAUCUAGACAAUCUUGGGCGCGAUAUUUUCGUGAACCAGUAGAUUCAACAAUUGUUAAAAACUAUAAAGAAUUAAUAAAGUAUCCAAUUGAUUUACGUACUUUAUAUACUCGUGUUAAAUCAGGUCAGUACGCUUCACCUCAAGCUUUUCUUGGAGAUUUCCGAUGGAUACUUCAUAAUUGUAUCAUAUUUAAUGGUGCUAGUUCUUCUAUUACAUCAUCUGCACGUCUUCUAGAUCGUACAUUUCAUCGUGAGUUUAAUUUAAUGCGUGCUUGUCCAACAUGUUAUCUUAAUCGUAUACCAGCAAUUCAUUUAUUACCAUCGACAACUAGAAAACUACCUCCAUUAACCGAAAAUGAACCUGAAUCUUAUUUAACUGUAGCUUCAGUACAAUCAUCAUUGUUAUUACCAAAUGAAUCAAAUGAGAUCAUUGAAAAUGAUAGUAUCAACAUUGUCAAUGGUGUUAACGAUGAAUGCAACAAUAAUACUCCUACUAAUACUACUAGUAAUAAUAAUGAAUCUAAAAGUUCGUCAUCAUCAUCGGUAUCUACAUUAGAUCCUUGGUGGUUUUGUAAAUUAUGUGAUGUGAUUCAUCCGAUUGUCUGGGUACGUCUUCAAAAUUAUCCACGUUGGCCAGCCAAAGUAAUUGCACAUGAUGGUAACUUUCUUCUUGUCUCAUUUUUUGGUGAUUAUGAUGUGACUAUUGCACCGAUUGGUUCCGCUAAACUUCAUUCAUCUAGUCAAUCAAAAAAUUUAUCGAAACUAUCUACCAUCACUAUAGAUUCUAUUAAUAAUAAUAAUAAUAAUAAUAAUAAUAAUAAUAAUAAUAAUAUUGACAAGGAAAGUAAAUCUGAUUGUAGUGGUACCAAAUCCAUUACUUCUAUUGAUAAUAAUGACAUUUCUAAUGAAUCUAGUGUAACUUCUCAAUCUUCCAAGACAACUUCAUCAUCAUUACCUUCAAUAUUAACAACAGUAACAACAACAAUGGAUCCUAUGGUUAAAGAGAAUUUUCAUAAAGCUGUUGCAGAAUUAAAUUAUCAUCUAAAUUUAAUUUAUCAACGUUAUCCUAAAUUUAAACUACCUAUUAGUCAAUUGAGAUUUACUAAACGUCAUGUUAAAAAAUACUAUGGUCCAUUCAUUGAAACUCCUCCUCCUACUUCUUCUACAUCUGAAACAACAAUAAAUCUCAUUAAUGAUACUAAUUCUAUCAUUGAUAUGAAUCAUACUGUAAAUACAACACAAGUGAUUUGUAAUACAACUUCUCAUAGUAUCAAUACAAUCCCUUCAACAAAUGUUAAUAUUACAACUAAUGAAAAAAUAGAUAAUACAAUUAAAUCAAAUCGUAUACCUUCUACAAAUGAUGUAUAUCGUGAACCAGUUUUAACACGUGUUGCUGCUAGUCUACGUAAUUCACCAAUUAUUACAUCAGAAUCAACAUCAUCAUCAACAGUCUUACAAACUUUAUGUCAACCAAUGAUUGAUGUAAAUCCUAUGAAACGUAAAUACAAUGAUACAUCUUCAUCAUCAACAGUUACUAUGGAAUUAGAAAGUAUUAGCUCGGAAGAUAUUCAUGAUACAAUUGAUUAUAAUAAGAAAAAACGUAAAAAGAGUAAACAUCAUCAUUUGAAAAAAAUUACUUUAAAACCAUUAUUAAUGGAAAAUAAAACGACAACUAUCAUUACCAAUUUGGCCAAUAAUGAUGAGAUCAAUAGUAAAGAUGAUAAUGAUAGUAAUAAUAAUAAUAAUAAUAUGAAUAAUGACAAUACGGUUGUUAUCGAAGAGAAUUCAUUACCCAUUGAAAAUGAUAGUGAACCUAUAGUUUCAUUAACAACAGAUGAAAUACAAUCUGUCGCUGAUAGUAUGAUACCUUCUACUUCAAACACAUCAGACAAUGAACAGUUAGCUCCUACAAUAAAUGCUACAGACAAGAUUGGUGUUUAUCCAUUGACUAAUUCAGAACUACCAAAUUUACAUCCAAUUUGUUGUGAUGUUGCAAUACAAACUAAUAAUGAUAUCCAUCUAUUAGAUGAUAGCAAAUCAUUGAAAACUAUAAAUGUGAUCAACGAUACAAAAUCAGUUCAAACCGAUAUAAUGGAAGUAUCUACAGAUCUUUCUAUAUUAAAUGAUUAUAGACCACCAACAUUACAAGAACGUAUGAUGGAAGCAGAAAUUCUUCGUAUGGAACAAGAAGUUCAACGUUUAAAUGUAUUAGUUAGAUAUACACGUGCUGAAAUGGGAUUAGAAAUGCAACGUCGUAUAGGUGAAUUACGUAGAAUAUGGAAUGAUGAACUUAUUGCUAUUAUGGAAGCUGCUAGUAGAAUAUGGGAAUAUGAUGUGAUAAGAAUUGUUGAUAUUGUAAAACGUCGUCAAUGGUGUGCAUAUUGUGGACGUAUAGCCUAUUAUUAUUGUUGUUGGAAUACAUCGUAUUGCAAUAGUACUUGCCAGUCGAAACAUUGGCCUUUUCAUAUGGCUUCUUGUGUACAAGUUAAAAGUCAAUUGAAUAAUAAUAAUAAGAAUAAUUUAAAUGGUUCUAUACGUCAUCAUUCUCAAUCACCCAACAUAACCAAUUCAUCUAAUAUCACCGAUCAACCACAUUUCUCUUUAACACAACCAUCGAUUCUUCAACAUAUUCCACAAAAUCCUCCUCCUCAUCAUCAUCACCACCACCACCAACAACAACAAAGAAUGAUUUUACCGAUUACAUCAAAUCCAUCAAUUGGUAUGUAUCAAUUAAACAAGGAUGGUACUUUAUUAACUACCAGUAAUACUUUAUUUCAACGUUCAGUAUCAUCAUCUUGUGUUUUACAAUCUCAACCAUUUAAGAAUUGA